UUCUAAUUUUCUAAGCAGUGUGAGCCUGACAAUUUCUCCCGGCCUUCCGAAACCCAAUCGGCAAUCGUAUGCACAGUAAAAAACAUGGCCUCGAAGGAUGGAGUGAGUGAAGCGGAAGAGUUUGUGUACAGGAUUAGCACCAUUAAGGAAUGGGAAGAGUUGCAGAAAACUGGUUCUCUGUACGGCGGAGAACUUGACAAGUCUUCUGGUUUCAUCCAUCUCAGCAAACGCCAUCAGGUACAGUCAACAUUGCAGAAUUUUUUCUUGAACACUAAGGAGGAGUUGUACUUGCUUCAAAUUGAUGCUAAGACGCUUGGUGAUGGAUUGGUAUAUGAAGUUGUGGAUGGUUCCAAUAGCUUCCCUCAUUUUUAUGGCCCAUCCCGAAGUUUCAGUCCUCUCCCCUCACAUGCGGUCAUGAAAGCAGAGAAGCUGUCUCUGUCAGGUGGCCAGUUCAUAUGUAGUUUGCUGGAGUAAGCAGUUCUGCUAACUUCCUACCAUCAUUUAUUUAUGUUUUGUGCCGAGUAUAGAGGCUUCGAGUUCAGGGAUUCAUGUUAAAACUGUUGUGUAUUUCUGCGACUGGUUACCGAAUGUAAUAGUUGGUGAGACUUCAAGUAGCAGUUGAACUCGAAGUUCCACUAUUGUGCCACAUCGUGUAACGACUCUUGAUACACUAUUAUUUAACAAGGAUAAAUUAAUAUGUAUUAAAUUUCUUCCCUA